UAAUGCUCUUGUGGCGCCCGGUGGGGGUCGGAACCUGAGAUCCCGUAUCGGGUCUGUGUGUGUGUGUGUGUGUGUGUGUGUGUGUGUGUGUGUGGCCAGUGGACGGUUGAUUUCUUUUCCAAGCUGCUUUCUGCCUGCCGUGUGAGGGACGCGCGAAGGGCUACAGAGGUUUGGCGGACGCGUCAAAACUGGCAAAGCUGGCGGCUUAGGGGGAGGGGCAAGUGGACUUGGAGGCCCUCCUCCACUGUGCACCCCCUUGGAAAAAAAAGCGGAGGGGGCACCAAGUAAAAGUUUCUUGCCAGGCAGAGCCAGCUCGGCGUCCCCUACACAUAGUUGGGGGGAGCAGGGGUUGCUUCGGUGCCGGGCACGGCGUCUCGAGCCAGCCGGAGAGAGCUGAGCCAAGGCCGAAGGAGCCGCCUGCAGGUUUAGCCGCCCCUCCCGCCCGUUGGCCCUGGAGCGGACGCUGGGACGGCCGGGGUCUGGCAGCUCCGGCCCGGCUAGGAGCGGGUGAGCGGGCGAGCAUUAUUCGUCUGCGUCCUGGAGAAGGGGCGCAGUGCUGCAGCUGAGGCCGGAGCAGCCCCUCGCGGGCGCAGGAUACCUGUCAGUGAGCCCCGGGAUUGCACGGCCCCCGGGUAGUGCUUGCCGGCGAGGGGCAGGGACUCGGGUGACUUGGCCACCCCCAUCCCCGGCCCCCCGGGCCCGGGCACCGGCUCCGGCCCGGAGGGCGGCCACUUCCCACCGUCCCUCUCCCCCUGCUGGCAGAGCGCGCUGCGGGCGGACUCACGGGCCCGGAGCUGCCCACCGCCCACCCCACCUCCCACCCGGCGCCCGGUGUCUCCUCCCGGCCGCUCUCCCCAGCAACUUUCCGUGCUUUGUUCCCCGGCUGGAAAUGCUUUACGGAAGCGUCUUGGACAGGGUCUCCGCCAGGCGGCAAGAGCUCGGUUCUGAGAUGUGUUACGUUCUCAUCUCCCCAUCAAUUAUGGAUGGAAACAAAUAAGGAAGAGUCAAUUUUGCAUGAGCCCCUUCUCCGGCUGCAAGAGGCGUCCUGCAGCCGGGAGGGAGCCGCCGCUCGCGCCAGCAGCCGCUGGCAGGGGCUUGGUGAGGAGGAAGACUUCAAGCCUGCAUAUUCUAGAUGCCUUUCUAGAGGAAGCAAGAAGCAGUUGGGGUAUGCCAACCAGGCAGUAUUUAUUGAAUAUUUAUCAUUUGCAAGGAGCUGUGCUAGCCAGUGUUCCAACACCAGGUAGCUCAGUGGCAUUUCUGAGCAGGGGCUACCCUGACUUCACCUUGGCCCACCAUGAGGGUCUUCCUGCUUUGUGCCUACAUACUGCUGCUGAUGGUUUCCCAGUUGAGGGCAGUCAGCUUUCCUGAAGAUGAUGAACCCCUUAAUACUGUCGAUUAUCACUAUUCAAGGCAAUAUCCGGUUUUUAGAGGACGCCCUUCAGGCAAUGAAUCGCAGCACAGGCUGGACUUUCAGCUGAUGUUGAAAAUUCGAGACACACUUUAUAUUGCUGGCAGGGAUCAAGUGUAUACAGUAAACUUAAAUGAAAUGCCCAAAACAGAAGUAAUACCAAGCAAGAAACUGACAUGGCGAUCAAGACAACAGGAUCGAGAAAACUGUGCUAUGAAAGGCAAGCAUAAAGAUGAAUGCCACAACUUUAUCAAAGUAUUUGUUCCAAGAAACGAUGAGAUGGUUUUUGUUUGUGGUACCAAUGCAUUCAAUCCCAUGUGUAGAUACUACAGGUUGAGUACCUUAGAAUAUGAUGGGGAAGAAAUUAGUGGCCUGGCAAGAUGCCCAUUUGAUGCCAGACAAACCAAUGUUGCCCUCUUUGCUGAUGGGAAGCUGUAUUCUGCCACAGUGGCUGACUUCUUGGCCAGUGAUGCCGUUAUUUAUCGAAGCAUGGGUGAUGGAUCUGCCCUCCGCACAAUAAAAUAUGAUUCCAAAUGGAUAAAAGAGCCACACUUUCUUCAUGCCAUAGAAUACGGAAACUAUGUCUAUUUCUUCUUUCGAGAAAUUGCUGUCGAACAUAAUAAUUUAGGCAAGGCUGUGUAUUCCCGCGUGGCCCGCAUCUGUAAAAACGACAUGGGUGGCUCCCAGCGGGUCCUGGAGAAACACUGGACUUCAUUUCUGAAGGCUCGGCUGAACUGUUCUGUCCCUGGAGAUUCGUUUUUCUACUUUGAUGUUCUGCAGUCUAUUACAGACAUAAUACAAAUCAAUGGCAUCCCCACUGUGGUCGGGGUGUUUACCACACAGCUCAACAGCAUCCCUGGUUCCGCUGUCUGUGCAUUUAGCAUGGAUGACAUUGAAAAAGUAUUCAAAGGACGGUUUAAGGAACAGAAAACUCCAGAUUCUGUUUGGACAGCAGUUCCCGAAGACAAAGUCCCAAAGCCAAGGCCUGGCUGUUGUGCAAAACACGGCCUCGCUGAAGCUUAUAAAACCUCCAUCGAUUUCCCGGAUGAAACCCUGUCAUUCAUCAAAUCUCAUCCUCUGAUGGACUCUGCUGUUCCACCCAUUGCCGAUGAGCCCUGGUUCACGAAGACUCGGGUCAGGUACAGACUGACAGCCAUCGCAGUGGACCAUUCUGCCGGACCCUACCAGAACUACACAGUCAUCUUUGUUGGCUCUGAAGCUGGCGUGGUACUUAAAGUUCUGGCAAAGACCAGUCCUUUCUCUUUGAACGACAGCGUGUUACUGGAAGAGAUUGAAGCCUACAACCAUGCAAAGUGCAGUGCUGAGAAUGAGGAAGACAAAAAGGUCAUCUCAUUACAGUUGGAUAAAGAUCACCACGCUUUAUAUGUGGCAUUCUCUAGCUGCGUUGUCCGCAUCCCCCUCAGUCGCUGUGAGCGUUAUGGAUCAUGUAAAAAGUCUUGUAUUGCAUCUCGUGACCCGUAUUGUGGCUGGUUAAGCCAGGGAUCCUGUGGUAGAGUGACCCCAGGGAUGCUGCUGUUAACCGAAGACUUCUUUGCUUUCCAUAACCACAGUGCUGAAGGAUAUGAGCAAGACACAGAAUUCGGCAACACAGCUCAUCUAGGGGACUGCCAUGAAAUUUUGCCUACUUCAACUACACCAGAUUACAAAAUAUUUGGCGGUCCAACAUCUGACAUGGAGGUAUCUUCAUCUUCUGUUACCACAAUGGCAAGUAUCCCAGAAAUCACACCUAAAGUGAUUGAUACCUGGAGACCUAAACUGACAAGCUCUCGGAAAUUUGUAGUUCAAGAUGAUCCAAACACUUCUGAUUUUACUGAUCCUUUAUCGGGUAUCCCAAAGGGUGUCCGAUGGGAAGUGCAGUCUGGAGAGUCCAACCAGAUGGUCCACAUGAAUGUCCUCAUCACCUGUGUCUUUGCUGCUUUUGUUUUGGGGGCAUUCAUUGCAGGUGUGGCGGUAUACUGCUAUCGAGACAUGUUUGUUCGGAAAAACAGAAAGAUCCAUAAAGAUGCAGAGUCCGCCCAGUCAUGCACAGAUUCCAGUGGAAGUUUUGCCAAACUGAAUGGUCUCUUUGACAGCCCUGUCAAGGAAUACCAACAGAAUAUCGAUUCUCCUAAACUGUAUAGUAACCUGCUGACCAGUCGGAAAGAGCUCCCACCCAAUGGAGAUACUAAAUCCAUGGUAAUGGACCAUCGAGGGCAACCUCCAGAGCUGGCUGCUCUUCCCACUCCUGAGUCUACACCUGUGCUUCACCAGAAGACCCUGCAGGCCAUGAAGAGCCACUCAGAAAAGGCCCAUGGCCAUGGGGCUUCAAGGAAAGAAACCCCUCAGUUUUUUCCCUCUAGUCCGCCGCCUCAUUCCCCAUUAAGUCAUGGGCAUAUCCCCAGCGCCAUUGUUCUUCCAAAUGCUACCCAUGACUACAACACGUCUUUCUCAAACUCCAACGCUCACAAAGCUGAAAAGAAGCUUCAAAACAUUGAUCACCCUCUUACAAAGUCAUCCAGUAAGAGAGAUCACCGGCGUUCUGUCGAUUCCAGAAAUACCCUCAAUGACCUCCUGAAGCAUCUGAAUGACCCAAAUAGUAACCCCAAAGCCAUCAUGGGAGACAUCCAAAUGGCACACCAGAACUUAAUGCUGGAUCCCGUGGGAUCGAUGUCUGAGGUCCCACCUAAAGUCCCUAACCGGGAGGCAUCGCUAUACUCCCCUCCUUCAACUCUCCCCAGAAAUAGCCCAACCAAGCGAGUGGAUGUCCCCACCACUCCUGGAGUCCCAAUGACUUCUCUGGAAAGACAAAGGGGUUAUCACAAAAAUUCCUCCCAGAGGCACUCUAUAUCUGCUAUGCCUAAAAACUUAAACUCACCAAAUGGCGUUUUGUUAUCCAGACAGCCUAGUAUGAACCGUGGAGGAUAUAUGCCCACCCCCACUGGGGCGAAGGUGGACUAUAUUCAGGGGACACCAGUGAGUGUUCAUCUGCAGCCUUCCCUCUCCAGACAGAGCAGCUACACCAGUAAUGGCACUCUUCCUAGGACGGGACUAAAGAGGACGCCGUCCUUAAAACCUGACGUGCCACCAAAGCCUUCCUUUGUUCCUCAAACCCCAUCUGUCAGACCACUGAACAAAUACACAUACUAGGCCUCAAGUGUGCUAUUCCCAUGUGGCUUUAUCCUGUCCAUGUUUUUGAGAGGAUGAUGUUGUAACGGUACCUUAAAACAAGAGACUUGCUUGUAUUUUAAGAGAACCAAGUGGCCAAAGAAACUCUUUCUAACUUUGGCAACAUCAGAACUUGCCACAUGUAGCUACUGCAGCAAGGCUUCUGUGUACUUGCCUGAAAACAAAGGAAGGUGCUGGUCAUUCCAUUUCUUUUGUUUGAAGCUAAAGAGAUGUGUAGCUCCCAGGGGCUACCUUACCAGUAUAAAGAGCUGAUAACAGUACUCAGAAGAAUCUGUGAACAAAUACUUGAAAAUGGGUUCAAUGUUGACUGCCAUUAUGUGUGGUCUUCCCAUUAAAUGUGAACGUUUUAAUAUGUAUGCAUUCACCUUGCCUCUUGCACAAAUGUCGAAAAAAGAUGGUAAUGUCUCAAAGAAAUGAACUUGUAGAUUACCACGCAGUUUGCUAAAAAUUCAGUCUUUGACCCAAGCUGUAGCAUUUUUUUUUUCAUGUGUGGCAUUUUUUUCAUGCCACCAACAAACUUGUUGCGUGUGUGUGUGUGUGUGUUUGUGUGUGUGUGUGUGCUGUACCCACUAGGAUUUGUUUAGGUGCCCAUUGCAUCUUUUUGUGCUAUGGAGUUGUUUACAUUGAGCAUGACUGAACGAGAGACAAUACUACUUCCCACAGGAGUCCAUUGGGUUCAGCUUUGAAAGAGGAAUAGAAUCGAGGCUCCUUUGACCAUCAAAAUGAUGAACUUUACUUAUGUGGUACCCAAUGCCAGAAUGUAAGAGUUGCAAGUGAUUUUGUGCUGCUAUUCAUUAAAACUUCUAUUCCAGUCUUGCCAGCUUAAGGAGAUCAAGAUAUUAAGAGGUAUCCUUGAUUUAUUUUCCAGUAUUCAGUAGUAAAAUUUUCCUGUCCACUGUGAAUCAAAACCUGAGUCACUCUAUUUAACCUUAGACACAUUAAUAAGGUUUUAUUUUUAUUGUGUUUGGUUUUUUCCCGCAUAGUAAAAUUUCUCCUCCUUUAACUCCUCCUACCCCCCAAGGUAAAAAACAAAAAACAAACAAACAAAAAAUAGAAGACGAAAGAAAGACAUAUGAAAGGAAUUGUAAUUGGCUUAACAGAAACAGUCUGUGAAGACUAACAGUGGUGCAAUCAUGUUGUCUGUGUUGUGUUAUGUGAGAAUUUUCUCCUAAGUCAUGCAGGUAAUGACAAUAUACUGUAAAUACCACAUGUGAGUUUACCUGAAUCUGUGCAUUUUGUGCCUUAUUCAUGAGAAUGAUAGAAGUACUAAAAUCUGUCAAGUGUUUUCAGUAUAGCACAUUAUUUACUGAGUGCCAGUUGUAUAUGUUUUUCAACCAGCACCUGAAAAAGACUCUUUUCAAAAAAUCACAGAAACAAUCUAGAACAAUUAAUUGUUAACAUAAUCCAACCUCAGAGCAGCAUUACAUUCUUUGCCAUGAUAAACAUUCCACUCCUGCUUUCCUAAGGAUGAAACAGUGAUAAUGUGAACUCAAAUGAGGUUUCCUGGGUAAUGUGACACCUGCAGAAACUAUAGAGCGUCAUUUAUACGUAGUUUGGCAGAAACCACUUACAGUUGAUGAUGCGCAACCCUGCUGACUGUUUCAGUUAAUAUGCUGCAGACCACACAGUUGUUUAGUGAACCAAAUCUAGAAAGUACCAAGGCAGAGGAAUGCUCCUGCUGUAGUCAGGCAAAUAAGUUCAACUGGAUUUCUUUUGACAAUACUGUUGGUACCUAUUACUUUGGGGAGGACAGGUUGCAGAAGACCAGAUCAUUUUUAUACAGAAUGUGAAAUACUGAUACAGCUAUUCUUUUUUUUUUAAAGAACAUUGUUUUAUAAAGAACAUGAUUUCCAGUGAUCUCUGGAGGCGCUAAAGCUAAAAUUUCUGUUCUUGAAACACUUCAGCUUUGCAACUAAAAUAUUACAGAUUAAUAAUAAAUUAAACCAACCAAUGAUAAACACUACUCAGUCCACCAACAACAAACGUGUUUGAAUUCACCUUACCAAUAUUAAUCCCAGCGUGUGUAAAACGGAACAGUAACUCUAUGUGACCCCAGAUAACAUUUUGUAACAUUGUACUUCCUUGUAGUUUGUAAUGUGAGUUCAAUCAGUAUUUAUGUUGAAAUUUCUAACAUGAAAUCUAGUCUCUAUCCUGUUAAUUUAAUUUUUAAAUGCUUUAUCCAUUUGUGCAAAGGUAAACGCAGAUUGUAUCUUUUUUAAUGGUACGGCAUAAAAAGUAACCCUCAAGUGAAGUGGCUCUAUACUGUUUUAUAGAGUACUUUAACAUGUAUAGAUAUCUUGUAAACUUGUAUUGUGGAUGUGUAAAUAAUACGUACUUUGGGUUUUUAACACCGCAUGUAAAGUCAAAAUAAAAUAUACAAAUCAUUAUA